AUGUGUGACGAAGAAGUUGCAGCUCUUGUUGUAGAUAAUGGAUCAGGAAUGUGCAAGGCCGGUUUUGCCGGUGAUGAUGCUCCUCGAGCCGUAUUUCCAUCAAUCGUUGGAAGACCCCGCCACCAAGGUGUUAUGGUUGGUAUGGGUCAGAAAGAUUCGUAUGUUGGUGAUGAAGCUCAAUCGAAAAGAGGUAUUCUUACCUUGAAAUAUCCAAUUGAGCAUGGUAUCGUCACGAACUGGGAUGAUAUGGAGAAAAUCUGGCAUCAUACAUUUUAUAAUGAGCUUCGAGUUGCCCCCGAAGAGCACCCAGUUCUACUUACUGAGGCUCCACUGAACCCUAAAGCUAACAGAGAAAAAAUGACUCAAAUAAUGUUUGAAACCUUCAACACCCCGGCAAUGUAUGUUGCAAUUCAAGCAGUCCUUUCACUGUACGCAUCUGGUCGUACGACUGGUAUUGUGCUUGAUUCAGGCGAUGGAGUUACUCACACAGUACCUAUUUAUGAAGGUUAUGCUCUUCCACAUGCUAUCCUUCGUCUUGACUUGGCAGGUCGUGAUCUUACGGAUUACCUAAUGAAAAUUCUCACUGAACGUGGUUAUUCAUUCACAACCACAGCUGAACGUGAAAUUGUACGUGAUAUCAAAGAGAAACUUUGUUAUGUCGCUCUUGAUUUUGAGCAGGAAAUGGCAACCGCAGCAUCAUCGUCAUCACUCGAAAAGUCAUAUGAACUCCCAGAUGGCCAAGUUAUCACUGUUGGUAACGAACGAUUCCGUUGCCCAGAAGCUCUCUUCCAGCCUUCCUUCUUGGGUAUGGAAUCUGCUGGUGUUCAUGAAACUUCAUACAAUAGCAUUAUGAAAUGCGAUAUUGAUAUCCGUAAAGAUCUUUAUGCCAAUACUGUGCUUUCUGGCGGUAGUACAAUGUACCCAGGUAUUGCUGAUCGUAUGCAGAAAGAAAUUACAGCUCUUGCUCCAAGCACUAUGAAAAUCAAGAUCAUUGCACCACCAGAGCGCAAAUAUUCAGUUUGGAUUGGUGGCUCUAUUCUUGCAUCAUUAUCCACCUUCCAACAAAUGUGGAUUUCAAAACAGGAAUAUGACGAAUCUGGACCAUCUAUCGUUCAUCGCAAAUGCUUUUAA